AUGGAUCAAUCAACAGCUGUCCUCCUGCUGGUGUUUUCCCUGCCAUGCCUGGUUCUCUCCGAACACCGAUCUCGCAGCCACGCCGGCACUGUGACAUUCAAACUACUCUCGUCCCUCGCUUUCCUCCUUGGCCCAUUCCUCGCACCGGCGACAGAAUGGACCAGCUAUCGCAUUGCAAUCGUGAUCGGGCUGCUGUCUUCUCUUGUGGGUGACUGGUUCCUGCUGCCGUCUCGGAAGGACUUCGACAGCCCUACUCAGCAAGACGUCACGGUCUCGUUCCAGCUCGGUGUCGUUGCCUUUGCAGCUGCUCAUAUUGCAUACAUCAUAGCCUUUGCUCAGCUACCACAGGACAGCUCGGUUCCUGUUCUUCUUACUGUCUUCAUUGCAACUAUGCUGCUCGCAAAAUGGCUGGGGGUGAUAUACCCACCUCGUGAAAGCUCCGCCGUACAGAACGUGCUGGACUUGUCUAUUCCGUCUGAUAUGAAGCCAUUGGUUCUCAUAUAUGCUGCCAUCAUCAGCUCAAUGUUCGCCACUGCCGUUUCGACCGGCCUGGCGAGCGAUGGGGUCCCGCUCCACGCGGUCGGUGCUGCGAUGUUUGUUGUUAGCGACGUGUUUGUUGCGAAGAAUGCGUUUGGGCAGACUCCUCCCCAGCAGCGUGGAUGGUUUAGAAUUGCGCUUGGAUAUGGCCUUUACUUUUGGGGGCAGGUGGUUAUUGCUUGGACAGCGACGCUGUAG